AAAUUGAAAUAGUAUAAAACUUGUUUUCAGUAAUUCUACCGACAAAUUAAUCUGCUAAAAUGGACCAGUUUAUAGGCAAAUUCGUGCAGACCUCAAUUGAUAAUAUGGACGCUUAUUUAAAAGAGUGCGGACUGGCGGACAAAAUACAAAGCUAUAACUCAAAACCACGGGUACUGGAGGUGAGCAAAUUGGGCGCUGUCUACACGAACACGAUUAUCGUCGACGAUCUUACCUUCGUUAACGAGUUCAAAUUGGACAAGGAGUUCGACGCCACCCUACCGGACGGCACGCCCUGCCGGGCGGUCGUGACGCUGGACGGCAAUCGACUCGUGGAGACACGGAGUCGACGCGGCGUUAAAGAGAUUGAAAUUUAUCGCGAGUUUAUCGACAAUGAGCUCCGGAUGGUCCUCAAUGUGGGGCCCGUUGUCGCUGUGGUCACAUUCUCGCGCCAGUAGACAGUAAUGUCAGCAUGGUGGAUUAGUAGAUUAGAUGUUUGUGACAAUGUUCUAUAGAAAUCAUACUAAAUUCCUUUCGAUUGUCAC